AUGUCACCUAUCUCUAGAUCCUUCCUUGAAAACAACAUCACCUAUUAUGCUCCUAACUCUACCACCAACUCCGGUCCUACUAGUCAAACUCCUCCUCAUGACUCUCCCCAUGUCGACGCACCAUCCCCACCCUUAUCUCUAGACCCCCUAUCUCUCGAUCCUUCCUUGAAAACAACACCCCCUUUUUGGGUCACCCUGACGAUAUGUCACAUUCCUCCUUUUCAACCCAUGAUUACAAGAAAGUUCUAUGAGAAAAUCUUCUUAAAAUUAUCAGACCUAACAUAUCAUCUUCAAGGGUUUCAAGGUCUACUUUUCUCCCAAAGAUCUUGA